AUGCCAUCAGUCCGAUUCAAACUAAUACAAAAGGGAUCUAAUGUAGUUAACGAUGAAGAAAAAACCCUUAUAUCGAUAUUUAAAGAAGCCAUGGAAUCGCCUGAACUCUUUCAAUUCAAAGAUUAUUCUGAAGCAACGCCAUCAAAAGAUGUUGAUUUUAUAGUAGGGUUUAUAAAGAAAAAAGAGUACAAAAAAUGGUUCAAAAGCAUCAAUCUUGAAUACCGUUGGUUAACAAAAAGAAGAAUCUACCUGUCUUCAAACAAGGAAGAAGUAUCAUUGAAAAAAAUGAAGAAACCGAGUUAUUUGGAAGAAUAUUAUUUUGAUUGUAAUCUGCUGGGGACAUAUAAUUUGAAACUGCAACAAAGACCUGAAAGUCGUUAUAAAAAUUCAAGAGGAGCAUCAUCCAUUAAAACUGCUUGUUCUUCCAAAGUAUAUGUAAAGAAACCAAAAUCAAUGUCUAAGUUUUAUCUAAUUGGUAUAAUACCAAGACAUAACCAUCCACCAAUUAAUAGAGGUCUGUUGGGUAUCAUAGCAAAGGAAUGGCUUGGUGCUGAAGUGGAAAUGGGGUACUCCAAAACCCAAAUUAAAGAGAAUUUAAAAGUGCUUCAAGAACAAAAUGGAGAUUCUCCAAAUAUAAAGCCUUUGUCACAAAUUCAUGAUUAUCACAUUGAAUAUCGUAUCCAACAAUUUGCUAAUAACCACAAUGGAUUGAAUAAAGUUGCCUCGAUUAAUUCGGAUUCCGAGGACAUUGACUGUUCUUUUGUUGCUGUAUAUGGUAGUUCGGAGGACUCUGAUUCUCUGGACAAUGAGAUCGGUGAAAAUGAAAAGUCUGCUAACAAUCAGAUUAAUCUGACUAGGUUUAAUGCUGAACAACUGACUCAAUGUGUCAAUAAUUCAACACUAAUAACGUCAAGUAGUUGGAACCCACAUCUGCUUCAAAGUUCUUGUUUUGGGAAAAGUCUAGGUGAACUAACCAGGGAAGAAAAGAUUGGUGAAUCUGUUUAUCUAUUAAAUAAAAUUCAUUGCUGGUUUGAUACGAUUGUGAGAUGGUCUCCAGAGAAGAUUGACGAAUCCAUUGCUUAUAUGAAGGGAUUAGAGUGUUAUAUGCUGUCUUUGGCCACAGGUGUCCAAUACCCAGUAUAUGUUGAUGAACAUGGGAGAACAAUGUACAAAAUUUAG